AUGACUGCCAAAGCGAAACCUGGAAACCCUGACCAGAUUGACGCAGUUGUUCGAGCUCAAUUGCCAAACGCAACUGAAGAUGCCCGUCUAUUUGACAUAGUGUUCAGAAAUAUGGUGCAUGACGCUGCGGUGCAACAAAUCCAACUGCGCCCUGCAUGGUCGAUGGUGCCUGUUCUAAAAAAUUUCCCAAAGACUUUCGUGACGUUACCGGCGUCAAUGCUGAUGGCUAUACAAAAUACAAACGACCGGACAAUGGACGAUCAGUGA